AAGGAAUUUAAUCUCUUUACUAGUCUUCAGAAACUCUCUCAAAAUUUUCCAGAACAUAUUUUUUUGUUUUGAUUUGUUUCCCACGAAGAGAUCGCGUGUAUUUCGAAAAUGUUUCGUGGAAUUACUCUAGGCCUCGGCACGUGGCAAAAAGCGCGCUCUUUCCAGCAAGUUCCAAGACGCCAGGAGCACAAAAUGCCAGAGCAUUUGAAGAAGGUCGAAACGGACAAGGAUCCCGAGUUCUCGGCAAUGGUGCUGUAUUAUUAUCACAAGGCGGCGCAGAAAAUGGAGAAGGAGCUGGUCAAGGAGAUGGACGUGUACUCGCAUAUGAAGCCGGAGGAGAAGCAGGCACGUGUAACCGCCAUUUUGAACUUAAUUGGCAGUGUGACCACCUCGUUGGAGGUCAGCUUCCCGAUUAUCAAGAGCAAUGGACAGUAUGAGAUUAUCACCGGCUAUCGCUCGCAUCACAUUAGACAUCGGCUGCCCCUGAAGGGAGGCAUACGCUACGCCACCGAUGUGGAUGAGAGCGAGGUCAAAGCGUUGGCCUCCAUCAUGACCUUCAAGUGCGCUUGCGUUAAUCUGCCAUAUGGCGGCUCCAAGGGCGGCAUCCGCAUAGAUCCCAAAAAGUACACGGUUAACGAGCUGCAGACGAUUACGCGUCGCUACACCAUGGAGCUGUUGAAGCGCAACAUGAUUGGGCCGGGCAUUGAUGUGCCCGCUCCGGAUGUGAACACGAGUCCGCGUGAGAUGAGUUGGAUCGUGGACCAGUAUACCAAGACGUUCGGCUACAAGGACAUUAAUGCGGCGGCCAUUGUGACCGGGAAGCCCGUCCAUUGCGGUGGCAUCAACGGUCGCAACUCGGCGACGGGUCGGGGUGUCUGGAAGGCAGGCGAUCUGUUUCUGCAGGACAAGGAAUGGAUGGAUUUGCUUAAAUGGAAGACGGGCUGGAAGGAUAAGAAAGUCAUUGUUCAGGGCUUCGGCAAUGUGGGCUCCUUUGCGGCCAAAUUUGUGCACGAGGCUGGCGCAAAGGUAAUUGGCAUUAAGGAAAUGGAUGUAUCCCUAGAGAACAAGGAUGGCAUUGACAUCAAUGAUUUAUUUGCGUACAAGGAUGAAAAGAAAUCUAUUAAGGGCUACUCCAAAGCAACGGAAGCCAAGUCUGAUCUCUUGAAGGCUGAAUGCGACAUUCUAAUGCCGUGUGCCACACAGAAGGUCAUCACCAGUGAGAAUGCCAAUGACAUUAAGGCCAAAAUGAUUCUGGAGGGUGCCAAUGGACCCACAACACCGGCUGGUGAGAAAAUCUUGCUCGAUAAGGGCGUGCUCUUUGUGCCUGAUCUCUAUUGUAAUGCGGGCGGCGUCACUGUCUCCUAUUUCGAGUACUUGAAGAACAUCAAUCAUGUAUCCUACGGCAAAAUGAACUCCAAAACGACAUCUCAGCUCAUACACGAAGUAAUCAACUCAAUUAACGAGUCCUUGUGUCAGGCCAAGGAUGUUGAACUACCAGACAUUGAGCCCAAUGAUCGCCUGAAGCAGAUACGUGACUGUACCAAGGAGGCCGAAAUUGUAGAUGCGGCCCUGCAAACGGUUAUGGAAUCUGCAGCCGCUGGCAUCAAAGCGACCGCCAACCAAUUCGAGCUCUGUAACGAUUUGCGCACGGCAGCCUACGUGUGGUCUGUAUUUAAGAUAUUCCGUGCCAUGGAGAGCUCAGGAAUAUCACAGCAGUAGUAUGCUCUGACCUUCCACUCAACACGUAUGGAAAAAAUUUACUGUGAGACUUGGGAGAACUCAUUUUUCGAAAACAACGCGUCCAAAAAACACUUCAAUAUAAAUUGUGCUAUAGAACAAUAUUAUACCACAAAUAGUUUUUGUAUUUAGAAUAAACAAAUUAAACAAAUUUAA